AUGAACGCUUCGCACGGCCACGCGCACCAUGGAAUGCACGGCAGUGACGGCGCCGUGCACGGGGGCCACCAUCACCACGGCGGGUGCAGCGGCGAGAAGGGGCCGUACUCGGUGGGACUGCACGUGGCGGGCUUUUUUAUUCUUUUGGUUGCGUCGCUUCUGGGGACACUGAUCCCACUUGCCGGGAAGUACGUGCCGUGCCUGCAGAUGAACCCGUUUUUGUUUGUCGUUGGGAAGUGCGCGGCAACUGGUGUGGUGCUGGCGGUUUCCCUACUCACCAUGGUUCUUCACAGCAUACACAGCUUUUCGGAGGGGUGUGUGCCCAAGGCUCUCAAUUCAAAUACAUACGACGCGUUUGCAUUGCUCUUCGCAAUGCUUGCGGCGAUGCUGAUGCAUCUGUUUGAUGUCGUCUUGGAUGGCAUGCUGCAGAGCUGGUCGGCUUGCGACGCUGGCGCCCAGACCUCGACAACUAUUGGAGUGAGGAGCGGGGAGCAGGACAAAGGCUGUGAAUGUGAGGGCGCAUGCGGUGUGGAGGGGUGCGGAGAUCGACCAGGACCGAGUUGUGAAGCCGGGGGGUGCUGCCAGAAUCGUGGGGCUCUUGCGGCAGCGCGCCUCAACAGUGCGAGGCGUGUCGCCGCCGCAGUGUUAAUGGAGUUUGGCUUGGCCUCGCACAGUGUGUUUUUGGGCCUUUCCGUGGGCAUUGCGAGCGACACACAGAUGCGGACGCUGCUUAUCGCGUUGUCGUUCCACCAGCUGUUGGAGGGAGUUGCGCUGGGCUCGCGGCUGGUGGAGGCCUCCAUGAGUGUACUGGUCGAGGUGGCAAUGACUCUAAUCUUUUCCUUCUCUGUGCCCCUGGGAAUCGCGAUUGGCCUCAUCACGGUGGCGGGGACAAAUACUUCCAUGACUGGCCCGGCGUUCGUGACGCUGCAGGGGGUGGUGAACGCCCUGGGCGGCGGCAUGCUGCUGUACAUUGCCUUUUCUCUGAUUUUCAAGGACUUCCCGGCCGACAUGCGGAGCAUCGCUGGGCCGACCGCGGCGCACGCUGGGUGGAAGCGGUGCGCGAUGUUCGCGGCCUUCUGGGGGGGCACGGGCGCCAUGGCUGUUCUUGCCAACUGGCAUUAG